AUGUCAAAUACUAGCAUUCCCAACUUUUCUCGCCCCCUCUCUCCCAACCCUUCUCCCCCCAAAGCUCCCACCCGACCUCCGCCUCCACCUCCAAUGUCCGAUUCAGCGGCAAGCAAUACCGCGAUCUCAAUGCCUGUCUUGAGAUCCGGUAUUGAAAUUGAUUCGACUGCUUCCAACGAUCGAAUCAACCAGUCUGAGUCGGACAAUGGAGGGAUGGACGGCAGCGAGGAUAUUCACUCGUCGGCACGCCGUAGUACCGAUCCGAGCAGUAUUAGCGACACUGCUCAGCCUCGCGGCUAUUUAAACAUCUCCUCUUCCCCCACAACCUUGGUCCGCAAACCACGCAUAGAAAUGCGACCAAACCACCCCCUCCCACGCUCGGCCACCUGUCCCGAUCUCUCUUCUGCUGCUCCAUCUAUCUCAGAGCAGUACGAAUAUACACCAAAUCGAGAUGGAGCGAUCAGCCGCGCUGAUCGCUAUUCUCGCAUCAUUGACGCCGCCAUCGCAUCCUCCCCACCUCUUCCUCCUAGUAUCGCCGGUCCCUCUCGCCCUAGCGGCCUCAGAAACGUUAUUUUUCCCGAAGAUACACACGAAAAUGACGAAAUUACCCCUUCUGUCUCCUCUACAGCCUCCUAUUCACGAGUUCCGCGCUUUGCGCAUCAUUUAAAGCUUGGUGGUGCUCGUCACGGCAUGCAAAAGGCAUUUUCUAGCAUGAAACCAGCUUCUGCAAUCGGUCUACGAUUACCGAAGAAUCCAGCCUCGUCUGCUCUAUCUGGUUCAAAUUUUUCUGCAGGUGUAAAGCUGAUCGAUAUUGGAGCGCCGAUGGGAGUCAUAAAGAAGACACCAGAAGAAAUACAGGAGAUGCUUAGGGAAAUGGGAGUUAAAAGUGAGGAUUUACCUUCUGGUGGCGGCAGUAGUUCAAAGGGUAGAGCUGCUGCUGCUGAGGGUGUGGAGACUGCUGUUUUGGGGGCUGUGGAUGAGGGAGGUGAGGGCUUAAGUGAGGUUCAAAAGGGAAGGAGACCUGCUAGAUCGGAUUCUCUGGGUGCAAGUUCGACAGUUACAUCGACAGAUACACAGCCAGCCGUUCAAACGCCACCACUUACUGCAAACCAACUCGGAAAACUCCCGGCUCGCUCUGUCUCUCAGACUCAAUCUAUAUUCUCCACUACAAAUGAAUCAACUGCGACAAUAAAGCCAGCUCAAGAGAAACCCAAGGGCUGGUAUGCAACAGCAUCGCUGGAUGAGAUUCGCGAGACGCUUCCUCCUGUUAAACCUGAAGAUCUUAUUCCACCCGAGCAGAUACCUGGGUUUUUGAAUGAGUUACUGAGGGAUUUCGAGCUGUUGAAGAAUGUGGGUGUAUUGAAGGAUGAGGUUUUCGAUCAGGAGAUGCAGGGUUUGACUGAGAUGGCAUUUGGUACAAAUGAGGAGAGUGAGGGUGAGGGAGAAGGAGAAGAUGACGAUGAGGAUGAGGAUGAAGAAGAGAACGAUGGAGACGACUACGAGCAAGAAGACAAAUUCAUAUGGGGACAAGAUGGAGAACCAGAUCCUAAUUACGUAGACGGAGGCUGGUGCCAAGAAGAAAUCAGCAGUGCAGGCGUAGGACAGCGAUGGUUUCAAUUCGACCUCACGGAGAAUAUACUCGGAGGUCCUAAGUGUCCACUUACACACACAGAUCCUGAGGAAGAGGUUGAGGAUCAGGGUAUGGUGGGAGCUGAACAGCAUGUUGGUGCAGAGACACAGCAUGUUGAUGAGACAGCGCAAGCAGAAGCUGAACGGCAUGUUGGUGCAGAGAUACAGCAUCUUGAUGAGCCAGCGGCUGCGGAAGCUGCAGAUGCUGAAGAAGCUAGAGUUGAAGAGACAACGACGACUGGUACGGUUCAAACCGAAGUCGAAGAUCGAUUCGCAGACCCCGAGGAGGAUUUCGACGACGAUGCUCGCCCGCUUACACAAGUUGAUAUUUGGGAGAGGGAGGGUUUAUUGUAA